UAGAGACCUUCCUUCCGCCAUUGCCCCAGAUCGUGAGACAGAGAUUGAGCAAACGUUUAAAAAAAAUCCAAAUAACGAUAUAACAUUAGCCAAAUGGGAUUCAGACAAGCUACAGGCCGACGCAUAGGCACAGCUCCACCGUUCACCAUGGACACCAGGAGACUGUUCUACGUCCUGGUGCUGUUCAUGGCCGCCAUGGUUGUGUUCAUGUGGACCUACACCAUCCAGAUCAACAUCACUUACACAGACAACGUCAAAACAAGCCUGCUACAGUCACAGAACCAGUUUAUACGGAACAUUAAGGAGGUUCACGUGCAAUCUCCGGACCUGACUGCCCAUGGGUAUCCCACCGGAGUUUAUCAAUGGUCCGUCAAUGAAAUCAUCAAAAGAAGGGUGAAAGUUGACGAAAACGAGACGUUACUGCUGACGUUUCGAUUGGAUGCCAGAAAUCAGAACGUCUCAAUAGUAAACGUCAGCAAAGUGGUUGAUCCACCACGGUCACCUAAACCCAGCCGUCGCCGCAGAAGGCGCCAGUCAAAUUCUGCGCCCAAAGAACCACAGAACAUUUUCCCUUCUCCACACACCAAUGCGUCCACGAAUGGCACCAAGCCAAAGUACAAGAGGCUCUCUGAUGAGGAGGAUUGGAACAACCUGCCUGAUUUUGCCAAGAGCCUUCCUGACAACGACCCAAACUUCAAGUUCAACUGGACGGGGUUGAUAGAGUUCAGAGACCUCCUGGAGCGUGAAGUUCGCAGUAGUGACCUGUUCGUCAUGACGCAGAGGAACACUCCCGUCAACUCCACCGUCAGGUACUUCGUGGAUAAAAGUAGAUACGUCAUCACCGACGAACUCAACCGGAAAUUACCGAAGGAGUCUCCGUUUGCAGACAAGAGAUUUCGGAACUGCAGCAUUGUGGGUAGUGGAGGCAUCCUGUCCAACAGCAAUUGUGGGAAACAGAUCGACUCGGCUAGAUUCAUCAUCAGGUUCAACGUGGCCCCAGUGAUGCCGGAGUACCGCCGGGACAUCGGCUCACGUACCAGCCUCGUCACCUGCAACGGAGACAGACUCAGAGAAAAGUGGCGCAAGUUCCGGACAGACUACAAUAUCCACAGGUUCAUGGGACAUUUGGACCAGUACGAUCCGGACGUGUACAUCUGGUCCCAACCGUUCACUAGCAGUACGCACACCAACGCACUGCUACAGAUACAUGAUAUACUCAGAAUACACAAUAAGACCCAGAGAGCCAUCUACAACCGGCCGGAGCACCAAGGCUUAGCCAGGUCCUUCUGGAGACGGCAAGGGGUGUACGAGAUGAACUUGACCUCGGGAUUGCUGAUGGUGACCACCGCCAUCGCCCUGUGUGACGAGGUGUACAUCUACGGGUUCUGGCCGUGGCUAGUGGACAAGAACAACAGCACCAUCCGGUAUCACUACGCGCACAGGGGCAUCACGGGAGGGCUCAGGAACAGGUGGCACCACAUCGACAGGGAGUUUGAAAAACUCACAGAACUGCACCAUAAAGGACUUAUAAAACUAGUCACCGGAAAAUGCCAGGACAAGGAGUGAAUAUGAUAUACAUUUCUGCAUGAAGAAGAAGUGGACUUUCACUUCUCCGGUGCAGAAAUUAAUAAAGGCAAUGAAUCGACUAAGAACGCCACGACGUCGGUACUCUGUCGUCGACGUCGAAGGAUGACUGUCAUAUAUUAAACUACGAAAAUGCUCGAUAGUCACUGAGGGGGUCGGAAAAUACCCUCGUUGCGAACUAGUAAUGGUAUGAAACUGGACUUGCUUUUAGAAAGAAAUGGUAUAACCACGCCAUUUAGUAAAGCAAGUGGCACUAGAGUCAGAGGCAGUGGAAACACUUCACAUUGUGCACAGUACGAGCCAGCAAUUUAGAGUAAUGUUACCAAAACGUCCCUUGGUAUAUGGUGUACUUCCCGUCGGCUGCAGCAAAUUGAGUUUUUCAAUGGUAAGUCAUCACAAGUGACUUUUAGUCUCAAGCAUAACGCUUCGAAUUUGACCUGUCUGACUUUAAUCAUAUGAUAAGUGAUGCUCCCUUCAUCUCUCUAAUUAUGGGACGAGUGAUGUUGUCAUGGUUACGUUGAGUAGACACACAUAAUAUUCAUCGAUACUCAUUCCUGGUGUACACCAAUGGCAAGCCAGGAAGAAGAAUCGUUUAAUGUUUCGGCAAAGUAUUCUACAUGUCUUGGUCUAGUCGAAUCAGAAUGAAUUAAAGAACAGC